UACGCGAUGUAAAUAAACUUUUUGGUACAUAGAAUGACUUUUUCCCGGUUAGGUAUGAUAAGCCGCAGUAAUUCAUUCUGAUUGUUUUUGUUUUGUUUUAAUCGACUAUGAGAAUACUAUCUUCAUAUCUAGAUUAUUGUAUUACAGAUUUUAGGCGUACGUCUAUCAUAUCAGUUUAUCGUAUCAAUUUGUGUAAUAAUUUAAUUCAAAGGGAAAUAAUCAGGGAGGGAAAAUUUCGUGUACAUUUACGCUUUUAUUUGUAAAUCAAAACCUUAUCUUUAAAAAAA